UCGUUUGAAUCUCGUGUCCCUUGACCCGGAAGCGCUUCGCGAUCGCGCGGCCCCAGCAGCCGGCAGCCGCUUUGCAGGCCUCAUUCAAUGUGACGAAAAAAAAAUUGAAAUUUGUGUCCUUUGCAUUAAUUAGCAAGGCGACUGAUCACCGACGACUGGCUGUCCGAGUGAGUGCUGUGGGACUUGGGCGCCCUGUCCGAUAACAAGCAGCAAGCACGCGGUUGUGGAACGAUGACCAACUCGAGUGAAUUCAAGCUGAGUCAAAGCCCCGAGGAUGGCAUCACGGCCGUCAAGUUUGGACCCAACUCGUCGCAGUUCCUGCUCGUGUCGUCGUGGGACUGCACGGUGCGGCUGCACGACGUCACGGGCAAUACGCAGCGCGUCAAGUACACGCACGCGGGGCCCGUGCUCGACUGUGCCUUCCAGGACAUGACACAUGCGUGGAGUGGAGGCUUGGACAACACUGUUAAAUUGUACGAUCUCAACUCUGAACAAGAAAUCAUGGUUGGCACGCACGAGGCGGCAGUGCGGUGCGUCGAGUUCUGCCCGGAGGUGAACGUAAUGGUGACGGGCAGCUGGGAUCAGACUGUGAAACUUUGGGAUCCCCGCACACCGUGCAACGCUGGCUCGUUCCCCCAGCCCGAGCGGGUGUACACGAUGGCAGUGUCAGGCGACCGCCUGAUCGUGGGCACGGCCGGGCGGCGCGUCCUCGUGUGGGACCUGCGCAAUAUGGGCUACGUGCAGCAGCGUCGCGAGUCCAGCCUCAAGUACCAGACGCGCUGCAUCCGCGCCUUCCCCAACAAGCAGGCUUACGUGCUGAGCUCCAUCGAGGGCCGAGUGGCUGUCGAGUACCUGGACCCGAACCCUGAGGUACAGAAGAAGAAGUACGCCUUCAAGUGCCACCGCCUCAAGGACAAUGGCGUUGAGCUCAUCUACCCUGUCAACGCCAUUGCCUUUCAUAAUGUGCACAACACCUUCGCCACCGGUGGCUCGGACGGCUUCGUGAACAUCUGGGACCCGUUCAACAAGAAGAGGUUGUGCCAGUUCCACCGCUACCCGACAAGCAUUGCGUCACUCGCCUUCAGCAUGGACGGCUCCAUGAUUGCCAUCGCCUCCUCCUACAUGUACGAGCAGGAGGAUAUCGCACACCCCGCCGAUGAGAUCUACAUUCGCAACGUCACCGACGCCGAGACCAAGCCCAAGUCGUCUUAGAGGGAAUAAUCCAACGUAACACCAGAAGAGCACGACUCUACAUCUCCACUAUCUCUCCUGCUUUAUGUUCUUCUUUGUGGCUUUUUCAAAUUAUUUUCUUCUAGUAUGAAGCACUGUUAGGCUUGACAAAUGGGAUGUUGCAGAUUGUUCAUUUGGUCUUUUGUAAAUGUUUUUCCAAGAGGCAAUUCACAGUCCCUGCAUCACUGUGCUUUGACCAUUUGGUAAGAUUCUGCCGCACAUUUUCUUUAUAUCUCCUUUCAAGUACUUGCAGUCCAUAUGUCGAGCUUCUUUCGCACCGUACGUAAUCAACCGUGCAUUGGUAGUAGUCCCUAUCAAUGCAUGGUGCGUCUUUGAAUAUAAGUGUUUGAAGCAAGGGACGUCUGCUCAUAAAAACAGCUAUCACAGAACAUCUGUUGCUCAGCUGCACCAUCGCUGUUAUCCAGUAAAGUGUACUGGAUAACAUCUGAGCACAGAUUUUAUUUAUAACCAAUGCAGACCUUUUUUUAACAAAAGGAGCUGAUAAAAUGAAGGCAGCGUUCCGAUAAAGUUUCUUAGAUGUGCACAUAAUGCGUAUGAUGUGCAAUGGUGUUUUUUUGUCAAUACGUAAGGUUUUAUUUUAAGAAUCGGUCAAUUGUGGCUUUUUGAAACUGGUUACACAGCAAAAUGCAGGGGCCCAGUGAAUUGUACUCCAUAGGGAACAUUUUCUUGCGUCCUUUGACCACAAAGCUGUCACUUUCAAAGUUACGUUCUUUACAAUUUCCCUCUAUCCAAUGCAACACAAUUUUCACACACUUUUGCGUAAACAUGUUUAAAAUGUACCCGUUUACAUUUAAUAAAGAAAAACAAGUAUAAA